AGUUUCCAUUCAAAAACUAUAAUGGCCGACCUCCAUCAACAGUUUGGGGCCAUGCGCGUCGGACAGUUGCGAACGUUGUGUAAACAGAAGGGUAUUGCUUCUGACGGUGGUAAAAGGGACCUAGUUCAACGAUUAUGCGAACUAGCUGAUCAAUCGGGGGCUCCAACAGACACUUCUGAUUGUCAGUCGGUACCAGGAGAUGUCAUUCUAGAGCCUAGUCUUAGCCACGAAGAAUUGCAUGAACUCGCAACGAUAGCAGAUGAAAUCAGACAUAUAAGGAAGCAAACAGAGUAUAAUUUAUUGCGGCACCAACAGCAUAGAUCGGCGGGUGUGGCCGGCUACCGAGGGUCCUUCCGACAUAAUGUCUCUGUCGUGAGGAGGGGCACCCCCACAAUGUAUAAUGCAUCGUACAUGAACCUCUGAUCCCCGGACUGUUCCGCCGAACGGAGUUCAACAACCUGGCUCGAGCUCGAGCCGUCUUAACGACAGUUCAUCAGUGUUGACUCGAGCGCAAGUCUCAAAGUCAGCCGAGGAUAAGCCUGACUUGUUAAAUAAGCUUCAACCCAAACUUAGUCAGCCUUGCUGUAUGUAGAAAUGAUCCAUUCACUCGUUCAAUCGCUUGUUUACAAUUUGUAAAUUACCAACAACAUCUUC